CCUCCUUGUUUAGCAAGAAUUCUCCUCAAUAGCUUUAAAAGCUCGAUUCGUGCUCAUUCGCUUUCAUCCAACACCCUGUUCGUUUGGUUUUCAUCUCGAUUAAAUUUCUGCUUGGGAAAUUAUGGUUUGAGUUUUUCUCUGCUGUGUUUCCAUGGCGGAACAGAGCGAUAACAAUAGCGCCAACAAGAAACCUCCCUUGUUUCCGCCCAACUUCGUUACCCUGGUUCAGCUUAAGGAGCGGUGGGACAGAGAGCAGGAGCGGAAGCAGAGGGAGAAGGAGGAGGAGCAGGAGAAGCAGCAGCAGCAGCAGCGAAGAGAAGAUGAGAAAAAGUUAAAGCUAGUUGUGGGAGAAGGGGAGUCUGGGAGUCGGAGAGUGAAAGGUGAACCGAUCAACCGCAGGAAACGCCCAAUUCGGCAGUCUACUCCGAGAAAUCAGGGCCGGAAGCCCGAGGUAUUGAAGCUUGCAAUCGAGAGUGCGGUGACGGAUGCGGAAAGUCAGGGAUUGAAGGAUAUCAAGAAGAAGAAAUCGGGGAAGAGGAAAAAUAAAAAGAAAGGCAAGAUUGAAGAUAAAGCUGGGGCAGAGAUCGAGGAGGUGAUCAGAGGCGGAGAGAAUGAGGAGGUGAUAAAGGGCGAAGAGGAAGCGCCGUCGUGCCAGAAUGUUGAGAAGGAGAUUGUUCCAAGGAGGAGAGGGUGGUGGCCUAGAGUACCUCGCACGGAUUUUAGGCCGACAAUCCCUAAUACUUCUCGGAAUGAGGUUGUGGAGAUUGAAAAGAAAUUUGUGGAUUUGUCAGUUGAUGGUGGGAAUAGAAGAGAUCAUCGGUAUUCAAGGCAAAAAGGAUACCCUAAUCGCCGCAAUUCGGUGCUUGGGAGGGAUAAUUGGGGGACCCGUCGUCCCUGCGAGGGAAAUGGGACAAAUGCUGGUAAGAUGUGGGUAAAGAAAGGAGAGGUUGGUGAUGGAAAUGUGGUUGAAAUUCAGAGCUCGAGUCCCAUCCCAAAGGGAUUGAAGUAAUGCAUUCAAUUGGUAAUAGAUGUUUUCAGUUUCUUUAUCUCCUUUUUAUUUUAUUUAGUGUGGCUUCUGUGUGAUUUUCAUUUCCCUUGGUUUGAUGAAAUGCUGCUUUUCUGACCUGCUUCAGUUUGAUUGUGGCUAUGGAUAAUGGAUGUGUGUUGAAUUUCAUUUAUGGUGGUAAUGUUCUGUGCAGGCUUUAAAGAUAUAUUGUGUUGUAUUUCUGAAUGAAAGAUGAAGAAUUGUUAAUGAGCACUUGCAGGUAGUGAAAUGGAUUAAAAACUUCUUGUCUGGUAUUAACAAAACACUAGGCUUUUUGUAAUGGGAUUAAAAAUUGGAUAGUACA